GUCUGGACCAAGAGGAACCAGAGUCACUACAUAUGAAAGAGGAGGAGGUGGAAAUCUGCACCAGUCAUGAGGGAGAACAGCUUGAAGUGAAGCAGGAGGCUGAUACAUUAAUGUUGACUCCUGGAAAUGAGGAAAGUGACCACAUGGAACCAGGAAGAAAUGAGGAAGAUGUGGAUCUUCAGCACAGACUCCAUAUGAAGUGGAGCCCUGUAAUAAAGUUACAGAGUACAGAGCUUCCACAGCAGCAUGUCUGUAAAGAGGAACCAGAGCCACUACAGAUUAAAGAGGAGCAGAAGAAAACCUGCACCAGUCAUGAGGGAGAACAGCUUGACGUGAAGCAGGAGGCUGACACAUUAAUGUUGACUCCUGAUAAUGAGGAAAGUGACCACAUGGAACCAGAACCAGACAGUGACCACCAGCUCCUCUCUCACAGCUCUCCUGUAGCUCAGAGUCAAGAUCAGACAGGAAGUCACCAUGUGGAAAAAAACAUAAUGGAACAUGAGGAAGAUGUAGAUCUGCAGCACAGACUCCAUAUGAAGUGGGGACCUGUAAUAAAGUUACACAGGACAGAGAAGGAGGUUCUCACUGAGCAAGAGGAACCAAAGUCACUACAGAGUAAAGAGGAACAGAAGACGAUCUGCACCAGUCAUGAGGGAGAGCAGCUUGACGUCAAGCAGGAGGCUGAUACAUUAAUGUUGACUCCUGAUAAUGAAGAAAGUGACCACAUGGAACCAGAAACAGACCACCAGCUACUCUCUCACAGCUCUCCUGUAGCUCAGAGCCGAGAUCAGACAGGAAGUCAUCAUGUUGACUCUGUGUCUAAUAGAAAAACAGAGUCAAAGCCACGCAAGAGACGUAACAGAACCAAAGUAGAAAACUGUCACACAACAAAGAUUGUGUCUGAAACUCACACAAGUAAAAAGUGUUUUAAAUGUAACACUUGUGGAAAAGAUUUCACUCAUAAGUCUAAAUUCAUUAUACAUAUGAGGAUCCACACAGGAGAGAAAAUGUUUUCUUCCACAAUUUGUGCUAAAAGUUUGAGAAAAAAAAAUGUGGUUCACAUGAGAAGUCACACAUGUGAGAAGCCAUAUUCUUGUAAAACAUGUGGAAAGUGUUUUUAUCGAAGGUUGCACAUGAUCGAACAUGAAAGAAUUCAUACAGGUGAGAAGCCACUUUCCUGUAAAACAUGUGAUAAACGUUUUAGUCGGAAUGGGGAUUUGAAAGUCCAUGAAAGAAUUCACACAGGUGAGAAGCCACAUUCCUGUAAAACAUGUGCAAAGUGUUUUAUUCGAAGGUCCCAUUUAAUAGUCCAUGAAAGAACUCACUCUGGCGAGAAGCCCUAUUCCUGUGAAACAUGUGGAAAGUGUUUUAGUCAAAGUUCGUAUUUGAUAGUCCAUGAACGAAUUCAUUCUGGUGAGAAGCCCUAUUCCUGUAAAACAUGUGGAAAGUGUUUUAAGCAUGGUUCAGCUUUGACCGAACAUGAAAGAAUUCAUUCUGCUGAGAAGCCAUAUUCCUGUGUAACAUGUGGAAAGAUUUUUAGUCGAAAGGCAUAUUUGAUGAUCCAUGAAAGAAUUCAUUCUGGUGAGAAGCCAUAUUCAUGUGUACCUUGUGGAAAGAGUUUUAGUCGAAAGGCACAUUUGAUGAGCCAUGGAAGAAUUCACUCUGGUGAGAAGCCAUAUUCCUGUAAAACAUGUGGGAAGUGUUUUAGUCGGAGGGAUGGAUUGACAAUUCAUAUCAGAGUUCACACAGGAGAGAAGCCAUAUUCCUGUGAAACAUGUGGAAAGUGUUUUAUGCGAAGGUCAAAUUUGACAGUCCAUGAAAAAACACACAGGUGAGAAGCUAUAUACCUGUAAAACAUGUGGAAAAUAUUUUCUUUGAAGGCCAUGGAUGAAAGUCCAUGAAAGGACUCAC